AUGCUCGCCCGCACCCUCCGCGCCGCGGGCACAAGCCCAACCCGCUCGAGCUCCCUCCACAAUCAGCUCCGAACAGCAUGUUCCUCCUCCUCGUCGGCCGCCGAAACCGUUCCCGCGAGCCCCAUCCGCGUCUUCCGUGACGUCUCCGCUCUCCGAAACUGGCGCCGCCCGCACCAGGUGAACUACCGCUCCGUCGGUCUCGUCCCGACCAUGGGCGCCCUGCACGAGGGCCACCUAUCACUAAUCCGCGCCGCCGCGCGCGAGAACCACCACGUCGUCGUCUCGAUAUACGUCAACCCGGCGCAGUUCGGCGUGUCGGAAGACCUGGCGUCGUACCCCGUAACCUGGGCCCGCGACACCGAGAUCCUGCGCAACCUCGACCGCGAGCUGGCCGACGACGGCGGCAACCUGGGCCGCGUCAGCGCGGUCUUCGCGCCGACGACCCCCGAGAUGUACCCCUCCGGAUUCCCCGGUCAGGAGCCGGGCAGCAAGGGCAGCUUCGUGACGAUAACGCCCGUCGGCGAGGUGCUGGAGGGCGCGAGCAGGCCGACCUUCUUCCGCGGCGUCGCGACGGUGUGCAUGAAGCUGUUCAACAUUGUGCAGCCGGAGCGCGUGUACUUUGGGCAGAAGGACGUCCAGCAGACCGUCGUCAUCAGGCGCAUGGUGGAGGACUUCAUGCUCCCCACCGAGGUGGUUAUCGGCGAGACGAUGCGCGAGGCAGACGGGCUCGCGCUGAGCUCGCGGAACGUGUACCUCGGCGAGCGGAGGCGCAAGGUCGCGACGGUGCUGAACCGCGCGCUGAGAGCGGCGGAGGACAAGUACAAGCAGGGCGCGCUGGAUAGGGAGGCGAUCCUCGGCGCGGCGAACCAGGUCGCUGCGGAUGUGCUGUCGGAGCAGUCCAAGCUUGCGCCCAGGGAGAGGGUCAUGUUCGAAGUGGACUACAUCUCGCUCGCGGACCCGGACUCGAUGCAGGAGAUCAACACGGUCGUGCCGAUCAAGGGCGGAAUCCUCAGCGGCGCGGUCAAGAUGCUCCCCGUAGAGGAGCCGCAGCCGGGCGAGGAUCUCGGGCAUAGUGGCGGCCCGUCGGUGCGACUUAUUGACAACAUUAUUCUUAAGCCCAAUACCCAGUAA